UAAUUGCCCUUUUGGAUGUAACAAAAAAAAAAAGGUACCUGAUUCAUUGUCUGGGAAUUUUUUUCUGUUGUGUUCUGCCCGCAGGGAUCUGAUGCUGAGCGCUGGCUGCUUUAAGAGUGAGAUCUCUGGACUUGAUCUCUCGUGACAGAUGUAUCCAAACUGAGUGGCGUGUGUGCAGUGAUCCAGGAGAGGGAGAUGACAGCUGAGCGGGUUGACAUGGCCACCCCAGACAAUCUGUUGUUCCUGGACUCAGAUGCUGUCAACUCUUCCUUCGCUUCACCGCCCACAGAGCAAAAUGAGCCCACUCGGGCCGCGGACAACCAGACAGACGACAGCUUUAGUUCAGUCCCUGAUCCAGACUCAGGAAGCUCAGGAUUAAUGCCAGUUCCGUGCAAGGAUGGGACCAUUGAGAUCCAUAAUGCAAACAUUGAAAGAGAAACUGAGAGUGGUUUAGUGUUAACACAGCAGCUGGAUCAGACUGCAAUGAUAGAAAUGAAUAAAAGUGAUAACUGUGACUUCAGUGGAGUCUAUAAUGCUAUAAUGGAGACUGACAGUAUCACAAACAGUACUAACCUAAUUCAACAAUUGGACAGAAAUCAAAACGACAAACAUGGUAACUCAUACACUAAAGAGGAUCCAAAUGAGGCUCAUGACACUUUAAUGAGUCCAUUAUUAACAGAACAGAACAGACAAGAAGAAAUGAGCCAAGACACCAUUUUAAACCAAUAUGCCUCUUUUGAGAGCAUUGGACUUGAUGUUAACCCAAUGGCUAAUGACGAUGCUCCCUUGGUAAAUACUGUCUCUAAUGUAAUGAAUGGUGCAAGCAUUGAGACCGAUGCAACUUCUUCUGAAACCCUUAUCCAGACUUGCCAGGAUACAUCUGAAUGUGUUGAUGUAGCAGUGGAGGCCUAUAAAACUCAUCCAGAAAUACAUGACAUUGCAGAGGACUUGACAUGUUGUGACUUCACAGCCUCUUCACAACCAGAAGAUCCGAAGACUGGCGUUCAUCUAUCUUUGGCUGAUUUGCAUGAAACAGGCACUCUAAACAUCUUAAAACAUGCCUCUGAAGUAUUAGAGUUUUUGGGGUUGAACAAAAAUGUCUUGGAAACAGCUGACUGGCUGGUAAGUGACAGCGAGAUCAUUCAGACUGUAAAUCAAGACUUGGCCUCCUCAAAUGUUGAGUUUUGCACCGGCGCUUUAACCCAAAUGGUUCCGAAUCUUCUACAGGAUUCAGAACAUGAUGUAACAGAAUCAGAAUCCACCAGAAUGGAAGAUUGCAUGCUUGAUAGAAUAGAAUUCCCAUUGGACAUCAGUAGGAUGGAAUCAUUGGUAACUGAGAAAACAGAUAAUUCUGAGUCACUUUUCCAUCAAUCCAAGCUUAAAACCUCACAAAUUGGUGAAAAACAUGAGAAGGAUCUCUCACAAGUGAUCCCUUGCCCAACACCUGUCCCGAAUAGAGAUUUAGGUAAAUGUUCUGAGGAGAUUGAUGGUGCUUGCUUAAAGUUCACAAGAAUGGAACAUGAUGUUGAGGCUGGUAGCGAGUUGUGGCUGGAUGCUCGCCAGUUCUUGGCAGGUGAAGAGGAUGAGUGUGCUAUUUUUGACAAGUGGGGUUGUUCGUGUUCUCCCAGCCCCACCACGGCCCAUCCAGACAAAACAAAAGCCUCUGAUUACUCCAGGAGAGAGAACAUUUCAAUUGACCACCACACUGAAGACUGGGAGCUGAGGUUUCCACCUGUUGAGAGGUGGUCGUCCUCAGACAGCUGGGCUAGUGCACUUUCAGACUGGUUCCAGGCAGUUAACACCUAUUCAGAAGACUCUUUUACCAGCGCUAACACUUCGAUCACUGGUCCUAAGCACGGUAUGGCAAUCCAAGACAACAUUUUGGAGCAAAGUACAAGUCCUGAUAAUGCAAACAUCACUGGACAGGCAUGUCUGAACCUCUUAGAAACAGAAGAACCAGGUCAAGCCUUGAGUAGAGGACUAGUUGAGUCUGAUAACACUAAUGGAACUCUUUUUAAACAAGCUGAUAAAGAGGGACUUCCUUCUCAUUCAGACUCAGACAGACAGGACCAUACAACUAUGGAGAACAACAUGAGUUUGUUGGAGAGGUCUGAAUCCAGUAAACCAGAUGCAGCCAUGUAUAUGCUUAAUGCACCUGCAAUCGAAGCCAGUGCCAAGCAUUAUGGAACUCGACAAAUCCCCGGAGAGCUUUGGAGUACAAAGUCGGAAGGAAAUGCGCUGGUGGAGGUGACCGGAGACGAAGUUUCCCAACUCACAAGCAGUUUUACUUCUCAAAGGAUCUCAGUGUGCACCAGCGACAAGAAUUUAACUGACUGUGUGAACGGCGAGGAGUGGCGUCACUGCUCCGAUGUUGCUCUCCGAACAUGUGCCUCUCAAUCGAACAGUCGCGUGUCUUCUGAGGCGGGACGUGCUGAAGGAAAUGAAACGUUUGUGCAUUUUAACACUGAGGAGUGCACCGUGAAGCCAAAAGAGGGGGAAAGAAAUACAUUUCCACAGUUUAUCAUGCCAUUUGCGCCACUCAAUACUGGAAAUACUUUCCUCCAUAGUAGUUUAUUGAAAAUUCCACAGGAUCUUCCACCUAAAGGGAUUAUUAAUGAGAUACACAUUAAGAGUGAUCAAAAAUCAAUCAGUAGUGACGAUUCGUCGGAAGAUCGCUUUCAUACAUGCCCUGGCCAGUCUUUAUCUUCAUCCAGUGGAGAUUCAGAUGAACCUUCCAUCAAGGACACUAAAAGAAAAGGAGAGUAUAGUGAUACCUGUGACAUCAGCAAAGAGCUUUCUAAGAUAAUUUUACUCACAGGACAGCGUUUUAUGGUGUUUGUUGUCUGA